CUUCACCAUAUUUCAUCAAUCCUACACUAUUCAGUCUUAAAGAUGGCAUCAUUCAACCAAGAAAUAGCCAAGAAACAAUCUCAUGAUGGAGUUGUUGCAGGAACCAAGGCUGCUGUAUUAGCUGCAAUUGUCACUGCUAUCCCAACUAUGGCUGUUGCAAAGAAGCUGCCAUGGGGCAGAUCUAAUCUCAAUUACACUGCUCAGGCCCUUGUUAUUUCCACAGUGGCGGGAGCAGCUUAUUUUAUAGUUGCAGACAAGACUGUUCUGGCAUCGGCUCGCCGAAACUCCUUCAAGAACAAUGAAGCAGGAAACUAAAGACUAGUUGUUAACGAUUUCGAAUUUUUCAAGAUCGUUUCCUUUUGUACUUAUAAAUAAUAAAGUGAAGUUUCCAAGCAAAGAAGCAGCAAUUAAAGAAACAUUAGUUGAGGUCUGGUCCGGCUAUAAUAAAAUUCGAUUAACCGACGAAUUUUAUCAAACACUUUACGGGCAUCAUAAACCUAUCAACAAUGAUGUAUUGUAUAAUCGGGUAAAUGACACACCAACUUAUUGAGAUAAAGAUGUAUUGUAUUAUCACUCAAUAACGUAAGAAUGUAUUUUGUGUUUU